AUGGGAACAAUUCUUAAUGAAGAGGAUCUAAAACAAUUAACAGAGUUUGAUUUAAAAGAAUUAUUAGAAAGCGAAAAUAAACUUUAUAAAUCUUUGGGUUCAAAUUUAUAUGACAAAGGAGAAAAAUUAUUAAAACAUAUAGAUUUAAUCAACACAAUUAUAAAAGAAAAAAGAAGUAAUAUGGAGAAUAGCAUCCUAAAUAAUAUAGGAAGUUUGUCAAUUAAAGAUAAUACAAUGAAUACCAACAACAAUAAUAAUAAUAAUAGCUUCAUUAAUGAAAAUGGAAGAAAUCAUUUACAAACCAAACCUUGUAUUCCACAUCAUAUUAAACAAUUAUCGGUUGAGGAGUCAUCUCAAAUUUUGCAACACAAUAUGAUUGAAAAUAAACUUUCUUCAUUGGAUAAAAAGUUUAAUGAAUUUGGCGUAGAAUCACCUAAUAGUAUUAGAAAGAAUCGCAGUAGUAAUAGCAUUAAUAAUUUAGACAACACAAAUAGUGAAAUGGAUGACGAUGAAAUAGAAGAUAACAAUGAACAUGAUUAUGUUAGUCCAGAUGAACUUGAUGAUGAAGUAGAUUCAAUCGACCCAUUCGACGAUAAACCCUAUGACGAAGGAUUCAACUAUAAGCUCCAAGAUGAAUUCCACUAUUUCGAUGACGACACAUAA